GUGUGGCCAGGCGGCUCGGACUGAGCAGGGUUUUCCUUGCCAGUGAAUCGUGUAGAGUACACUGCCAGUCUCUUGUCUUCUCUUCACCAUGGCUUCUUCUGAUAUCCAGGUGAAGGAACUGGAGAAGCGUGCCUCAGGCCAGGCUUUUGAGCUGAUUCUCAGCCCUCGAUCAAAAGAAUCUGUCCCAGAAUUUCCCCUUUCCCCUCCUAAGAAGAAGGAUCUUUCCCUGGAGGAAAUUCAGAAGAAAUUAGAAGCUGCAGAAGAAAGACGCAAGUCCCAUGAAGCUGAGGUCUUGAAGCAGCUUGCUGAGAAAAGGGAGCACGAGAAAGAAGUGCUUCAGAAAGCGAUAGAGGAGAACAACAACUUCAGUAAAAUGGCGGAAGAGAAGCUGACCCACAAGAUGGAAGCCAACAAAGAGAAUCGGGAGGCACAAAUGGCUGCCAAACUGGAGCGUUUGCGAGAGAAGGACAAGCACAUUGAAGAAGUGCGGAAGAACAAAGAAUCCAAAGACCCUGCUGAUGAGACUGAAGCCGACUAAUUUGAUCUGAGAACUGACUUUCUCCCCCUCCCCUUCCUAAAUAUCCAAAGACUGUACUGGCCAGUGUCAUUUUACUUUUGCCCUCCUGACAAAUAUUCUAGAA